AGUUGUUCCUGCAAAAUCACAUCAAAAUCGGGAGGGAGAAAAAGACCGCCUUUGCAUGUCCCGUACCAGGAAUUAGGAUUGCUUUUGUUUUCAUUACAAAUACCUAUGAUACUAUGUAGAAAGUAAUAUUAUUCAUUUCAGCACCUGUCCUAAGUUUGAAAAGUGAUUUCCAAGUUCGUGAAAGGUUUUGUCCUAUUUCAACCUAGUUCAGGGUCGUAUUUCAACUAUGGGCAUCACAGGACUGAUACCGUUUCUAGAGAAAGCUUCCAGCAAGUGCCACCUACGGGAUCUUCGUGGCCAAUGCGUCGCAAUCGAUAGCUACUGCUGGCUACACAAGGGAGCCUUUGCCUGUGCGGACAAACUUGCCCGUGGCGAGAUAACGGACAUUCACAUCCAGUAUUGUCUCAAGUAUAUUAAUUUAUUGCUUUCCCACGAUAUCAAGCCGAUCCUGGUGUUCGAUGGGCGGCAUCUACCGGCAAAGGCAGCAACGGAAGCUAAGCGACGAGAGUCCAGAGAGACUUCGAAGAAGAAAGCGGCCGAGUUUCUACGAAUGGGCAAGGUUGAGGAAGCAAACAGCUUCUUGCGACGUUGCGUUGACAUCACACACGAAAUGGCUCUACAGCUGAUACAGGAAUGUCGGAAGCGGAAUGUUGACUGUGUAGUGGCACCGUAUGAGGCCGACGCCCAGCUGGCUUAUCUGAAUAGAAAGGGAAUCGCGCAGGCAGUUAUAACGGAGGAUUCCGAUUUGAUGUUGUUCGGUUGUAGUAAGGUUUUGUUCAAGUUGGAUCUCACUGGAUGCGCUUUGAUGAUGGAGGCCGACAAGCUCUACCUCGCUAUGGGGUGUAAGGAGGAGAAAUAUUCGUUUGAUAAAUUCCGCUACAUGUGCAUUUUGUCCGGUUGCGACUACAUCGAUUCGUUGCCGGGGAUUGGGCUGGCUAAAGCUCGGAAAUUUGUCCUGAUGACGGAAGAAACUGACAUGCAGAGAGCUUUGGACAAAAUACCUUCCUAUCUUAAUAUGAAGAAAUUGGACGUUUCGGAGGAGUAUAAGACAAACUUUUUGAAGGCAGAUGCCACCUUCAAGCACAUGAUAGUGUUCGAUCCUACAGCACGUGUACAAACCCGAUUGACAGAAAUUGAGGAUUUAGGAACUAAUCCCGAACUGUGCUCUAAUGCUGGAACUUUCUUGGAUAACGAAACUGCACUCCAGCUAGCACUCGGUAAUAUUGACCCGUUUUCUAUGAAGAAGUUGGACAACUGGCAUCCGGAUGACUCGAACUGCCAAGCUACAGGAGGAAAAACUUCGGAUUGGAAGCAAACGAGCAUCGCAAAACAUUCCAGUGUGUGGAGAAGAAACUAUGAACCACAAAAGCCUCCUCCGGUAGAUAUUCAAGAAAACAUCACCGUUAGAAACAGUUUUAAAAUUACAGAAACUGUGAAGCGACCGGUUCUCAAUCCGGAUUUUGAGGAUGCCGAGAGGAACAAAUCGAUUGACGAUGUGUUAGAAGCGUACGGCAUCAAAGCUAACGAGCAGCCGCCAUUGAAAAAACUCUGUAUGAAUGUGGAGUCGGAAAAUCGACGAAUAACGAUAGAUUUCAGUGAAAUGCAGGAGCUAGACGACAUGGCUACACUGGAAAAUAGUCCCAAGAAAUCGACAGGGCGUAGAAAUCCGUUUCAGGUUACAUCGACUGGACCCAUUUCAAUUAAUCGUCGUUCCUCAGGUUCGAGUGUUCUUUCCCCGACGAAAAUCACUGUCGAUAACAGUUCUUUGCUGCGGAACGUAAGUCCCGUUAAACGAAUUGAGUUUGAUGAGAAGUCCACAAGUCAGGUGUGUCUCACUAAAGGCGAAAAACUGAGCCGUUUUAAGAGAACCAUCACAGGAAAUGAUCGCGGACAGAAAGUGAUUAGUAGAUUUUUCUCGUCUGCAAGCUCUUCCACGACGACAAUAACUUGUCAAUCACUAGCUGACGAGUACAGUGAGAAGGAAAGUUCAGUUAAGGCAGACGAAACUUCUCAGAACGCUGCUAAUCUGUAUCUUCUAUCUGAGGAUGCGAAACCUCAGCAUCGAGGAGAACAAACACCUAAGAAGCGAAAACCUGUACUAAAUUGUGAUGAAAUUUAUUCGCCAGACCCUCCCGUGAAGUCUGAACGUCCGAUAGAAACACUGGACAGCGGUUUCGUGGAUGAACCGGAAGCUGGGUUUAGUUCCUCGCAAAAAGAGAAUGAGGCCACUUGCACGAAUAGUGCUAGAUCGUCACGGUUACAAUUGUUUGUUAAGACCGAACCGAGCCGGCUCGGUGGAAAGCCUUUCGCAGAGGGGGCAGACAGAGUGACGACGGAAAUAGUGUCCUCUUCGCAACAGCUACUGGGGAUUGAGAUUCUGGACGAGGAAGAUGUAGCUUCUGAACAAAACCGGUCUAAUAAAUCGGAACGAUUGUCGGGACCUGGCAGUACACAGAAAAAGCCCACAGGUAGACGAGUUGGACUCUCUAAAGGGAAAAAGCUGAAGGAUAUUGGACCUAUGCAGAGUAAGCUGUCGAUGUUCGGGUUUCAGAAAAAGGCGCCUAUCACUGGAACAAACGAAUGACCUUUUUUAUUUGUUAUUUUAUUAUAAUUAGGUACCAAUGUGUUGAAAUUCCGCACGAAAACUGUAUUAGACCGACGUGCAUUGCCAAAUAUACACUGAUUACCAGUAGUUUCUUUUA